UCAAUUAGGUUUUGACCCUGGCCGAUUUAGAAUGCGAUUAUUUGAAUGCCCAAGAAUGCUGCAGUCGUUUAAAUUUCUGGGUUAUACCGAAAUUCGGUUCCCAUUUGAUAUUGUGUGUUCUGCUGCUAUUGGGUGGCCAUUGGAUAAUGUUCUUCCUGAAUGUACCGAUGGUGACAUGGUUGGGUUAUGAAUUGUAUAAACAGCCCAGAGAUAGUUUGGGUGUUUACGAUCCGGUGGAUAUUCACAGCCGUGGUCUGUUGAAGGUGCACCUGAGAAAUACCAUGAUCUAUUUGGGUUAUUAUUUUGUUAUGUUCUUUAUAGGAUUAUAUUUCAUGAUCUCGGCUUUACUCAAAGGUGAUCCCAUUCGACGCCAUGAAGAGGGUGAAAUUGUUACUGAUUUCUAGCAUUUGUAAAGCAA